AUGGAGCGCAUCUUUCGACACAUCGCUUGUACGGAUGCACCGAAAAUGCUAUGCACAAAAUUUAUGUUUGUUGGAGGAACUAGUCACUGGUGGGAAUCUGUCUCAGGCACUAGGACGGAAGAGCAGCAAUGUAACUUGAUUUGGGAGCAGUUUAAGGAUGAAAUAAUGGCAAAAUAUUUUCCACAGGCUUUGAGAGACUUCAAGGAAUCAAAGUUUCUGCAACUCAGGCAGGGAGAUAUGUCGCUUACUGAUUACAAAAGGCAGUUUGAGCAGCUCUCAAGAUAUGCCCCGCAUUUAGUGGAUACUGAAGUUAAGAAGAUUAGGAGGUUUGAAAAUGGACUUGGCCUAGAGAUCGACAUGAUCAUUAUGUCUCAUCGUUUCACAUCAUAUCGUGAGAUGUUGGAGAGAGCCCACGCUAUUUCAUAUCAGAGGACCACAUUUGGACAGUAUGCCCACCAAAGUAGGGAGUCGUUGGAAAAAGAAAGUGGAGUAAUCAGAACAUGA